UUUGACGAUUGCUUCACUCAACCCCUUUCCCACUCUUCUUCUCUUCUCCUUUGUCGCCACUUAAUCCCCAAAGUCCCACGACUCCUCUCGAAUCCUGCUGUCGGCGUGUUGCACAUGCAGUCGGCUACAUGUCAGUCGUGGCCUUCCUCCGCCAUGGCCUGCGCCUAGUGGUGCCGCUGGCGGUCGCCAUCACCAUCUACUUGUACCUGUUCCCCAUCUUCCAGGGCUGCGCAUUCCCCAUCGAGUCGGGUUCCAGCCAGGAUGCCUACGAUUUGACCAAGAAGCUGCAUUGGCCUGCGUCGAGGACGAACUUGACCGCAGAGGACCGCGCAAAGCUGGCUCCCUUUCGACUCCUUGCCCUCGGCGAUCCGCAGCUCGAAGGCGACACUUCCAUCCCGACAAACUACCUCGGCACUUUCCCUCACGUCAAGAGCAUCGCCAGACAUAUCACGUUCCAGACCAGACACGACUCCCUUCGAGAACGAGUCCGUCGGAUUGUGCAUGACCUCGUCGACGUCGUUUUCGAAGACGUCUUCUACUUCCUCGAGUCCCAGCGCAAGCGAUUCGACCUGUUCGGAAACGACUUUUACCUCGCGCACAUAUACCGUACGCUUCACUGGUGGUCUGUGCCGACGCACGUUACUGUUCUUGGUGACCUUCUCGGGAGCCAGUGGAUUGACGAUGCCGAGUUCAAAAGGCGGAGCCGUCGGUUCUGGGACAGAUCCUUCAAGGGAGCCGAGAGGCUGCCGGACGAGCUGGCGAAAUUCCCUACAAAAGAGUACACACUGUCGGGCAUGUUGGACGGGAGCGAAGAAGAAAAGGUCUGGGCCAAGCGACUACUGAAUGUGGUCGGGAAUCACGACGUCGGAUAUGCUGGUGACCUGACCGAGGAGCGUCUGGAGAGAUUUGAGCGCGAGUUUGGCAAGGUCAAUUAUGAGCUCCGCUUCGAGCUCCCCGUCACUGCCGAAAAGCAGGCCACCAUCUAUGACGCCGACUCCAACCCCGACUCGAGCCGCGUCAGCCCGGAACUCAGGAUCGUGGUUGUCAACGACAUGAACUUGGACACUCCCGCCAACUCCAGCGUUCUCCAGGACUCCACCUACAACUUUAUCAACAACGUCAUCCAGACGUCCAGCUCCGUGAAUUACCAAGGGCACUUUACCAUUAUCCUGACCCACAUCCCGCUGUACAAAGAGGCCGGGAUAUGUGUCGAUGCCCCCUUCUUCGACUUCUACUCUCAGUCGGAAGGAAGCGGUUUGAAGGAGCAGAACCAGCUGAGCGCCGACGCCAGCAAAGGCUUCCUCGAAGGAAUGUGGGGAAUGAGCGCGCGAACAACUGCCGCUGGCGGUGGUCGCGGCCGGCCGGGCGUCAUGCUCAACGGACACGAUCACGAAGGAUGUGAUACGUACCACUUCAUCAACCAAACAAACGGCACGGAUCCGGCCGACCGCUCCUGGGAGGUGGCGCGAUGGGCCGACGCACAAGCCAAGGGCAUCUUCGGAAGCGAGGGCAUCCCGGGCCGACGCGAAAUCACCGUCCGCAGCAUGAUGGGCGACUUUGGCGGCAACGCCGGCCUGCUCAGCCUGUGGUUCGACCACGAGGCGUGGGAGUGGCGGUUCGAGUACGCCGAGUGUCCGCUGGGCACGCAGCACUUCUGGUGGUUUGUACACAUUGUGGAUUUUAUUGUACUAUUAUGGGUGGUUGCGUACGCUGUUGCCACGGUGCUUGUUGGGUCUGGCGUUGAUGUUGAUACCAAGUUUUACCACGGCGUGUCUUGUGCUUACAACUAUGUGGUGGGACGCCAGGUGAAUGCGCCUGCGGUGAAUGGGAAGCCUCGGCACGGGACGCAAUAAUUGGAUAGAGGAAAGGACUUGUAUAAUUUUGCAUAUGGGAGGCUAGCAUGUUGUUGGCUCUGGACGUGUUAUGGAAUAUGAUUUAGUAUAGAAGACAUGAUGUUGUUUAACUUGAUGAAUGGGCGAGGAUUCACUUCAGCAUAACUGAGACUUUGUCGACUUGAGCAUUGCGCAUUCUACAUUCCGAUGCUAUGCUGGAGUGCACCGCGUGCUAUCUCGCCUGCUGGAU